CAAAUAUUUUUAUUUGGUCAUUAUAGUAUAUAACAGAAUUUAGUCAAGUUAUUCAAGAAAAUUGGAACUAAUAAUAUUAAUUAUAUAUUGAAAAAAAAUGAGUAAAACGUUCAAAUAGCACUUCUUCUAUCAAUAGAAUAAAUCUGUAAAAUAAUAUAUGUAGGCGGAACAAUAAACAAUCUAUAUGUAUAAUACUAUAGAAUUGAUUUCAUUUGCCCAUGCGUUGAAUGGACCAUUCUUGCUGACAUAGGGGACAUCUGUUAUUCUGUUUUACCCAUAAAGACAUACAACAAUAAUGGAAAGAAUGAUUACAUUCACCCCACACUACAACACAAUCCUGCUUAUCAAAAUCCUUUUUGUUCUCAGCUUGACACCUAAGGCACGCAUCCAUAACUUGAACUCUGCAAAUAGCACAAGUAUCACAUUCAACAUCCCAGCUCCACAUAGCAACUGCAUUCCAUUUUUUUAAGGUGAACAUUUUCUCCUGACUAAUUUCCUUUUUAUCAUUAUCAUUUUCGUCCAUCCUAGAAAUUUCGUUCAAACUUCUAAAAUUCAAAGUUAUGAUGCUAAUAAAAUAACCAGUCCAUUCGAUUUAUGGAAAACUCACUUCACUAACUUUACUUCAAUAUUUAUUUCAAUAUUUUCAGCUUGACAGAUACCGAAUAUCUUAUUUUUAGGUUAGGUUAUUCUUUUUGUUUUUCACAUAGAUCAAUAUUUUUAAUAGGUCUAUGGAUUUGGUGAGAAAAUUUAAAAUUUUUUUUCUAGGCUGAUCUUCCUUGCCAAAAGAACUACAGAUUACAGAAUAGUCUUCAGUAGAACCCCCUAAAAACGGACCCCUUGAAUUCGUAGAAAAUGAAUUAUUCUCAUAAAAUGUGUUUUAAUUUCGAAACGAAAAACUUAAGUAGUAGACAGUUUCUUCUGUCGAUAAUUUAAAUUUGUGUCCAUAGAUUUUUCUUUUCAAAUUCAAACAAGUCAAAAAUAGAAAUAUAUAACCUGCAAAAUUAUUCUGUUUAUUGUUUAUAUGUUGAAUUACAUAUAAGUCAAAAAAUGCAAUAUGAGUACAGAAAUAACAAAGAUGAAACAAGGCAUGUCCUAUUCAUGUAAGGAAAAAACAAUUAUUCUGAACGUUUUCAAGUAUUUUAAGGGUCAGUUUCCUGAUAAAUGCGUUACUGAUUUGGUAAGACGAACAGCCAAAGCUACUGGCUGUAGUGAAAAAAGUAUAUUUCAAUUUCGAAAGGAGGAAGCAAGUGCUGAAGGUUUCAAAGCACCAUCGAAAACAAAAAUUAGAAAAAACAUCAACAUCAAUAGCCGUGAUAUAAAAUAUGAUGAUUCCGUUAGACAAUCAAUAAGAAACAUUAUUUAUGACUUAAAAUAUCGAAAUGUUGUCCCAAGUUUAAAUACAAUUUUGAAAAAUGUGCACUUGAAUAAGCAGUUACCUAAUUUUUCUCUGAUGACAUUGAGGAGAUUGCUAUUUGAUAUGGGAUUUUCUUAUGAAAAAGUUGGAAAUAAAUCAAUUCUUAUAGAAAAAAAAGAAUCCUCCACAGAGACAGGGAAAGGCAAAAAGGACAAAACUAAACCUUCAGAUACACCUCAUCUUGGAGUUUUGGAAACACCUAGAAUUUCAGAUUCUAAUAUUUCCCCUCAGAGUAUAAUUCAAAGUUCUGUAACUCUAUUGCCGAAACCAACACCCCAGCAUUUUGUUGCUCAUAUGAACAGCAAUAUUAAUUUACAUUUGAGCCAUUUACAAUCUGUAGAUCAUCAAUCACCUUAUCAUUCUUUGAAGCCUAUGCCAGGACCAUUUCAGACUCAUAGUCAUCCAAUGAUGGGCUCAACUGUGCAUGAACAACACCCAGUCACCCAUAACAUGCCUCCAGUGGUUUUAGACCAAAGAUCUCAUCAGCAUCCUUCGCAUUUGAUACCUCAACCUUUUAAUAUGCACCUUAAGAGAGAAGAAUUUGUUCAAGGAAUUUAGAGUAAAAUAUCCAAGGAUAUCAAUGUGCCUGUUCUACCGACCCCAGCGCUGUGAAAAUUUCAAAUUAAUGCAUUUGCCUCCUAAAAGAUGCUAGAUACAUCGAUAUGAACUGAUUCUAAUUUAUGUGGCAGUGAGAUGAAAUAAAAAUAUAAAUCCAGGAAGUUAGAAGAUCCAGUGAAAGUGGAGAAUUGUAAUCAGAAAAUAUCACAUCUUGUAUUAUUGAGAUACUAUCAGUUGGCAGUGCGAAAUUCUUGAUAUUGUAAACAGUAUUAUUUUAUAUUUAUAAUCUAUUUUUAUACUUUUAUAAUGAUUCGAAUAAAUUAUUCAAACACUA